CAGCAAGUCUUCGCCCCGCCCUCUCAGAGAUAGUGGAAAACAUAUUGUACAUGUGAUCGGUUCUAUAUCUUCGGUUAUCGCUUAAAAAAAGGAUUACGGAGGAAAUUCACUGACGAAUCUUAUCGGUUGGCAGAAAACCAUGUGACUCACUGUUCAUGUGGUUCGUGGUCAGAGCAUUUGCAAUGCAAAGGUUAACCCAUGAGACUAUCAGAGCCCAAGUAUGAACCAAGGGAGCGGUGCUUGUUUGUGGACCUCAGUAUCUCAGGACACCCCUGCACCAUGUGAUCGUUACAAGCAUGCUUCUUGUGCACACAGAGGAUAUGUGUACGUACUAGGAGGCAGAGAAAAAUGCUCACUGAGAGAUUUCUGGAAAUAUAAUGUGGUAUUAAACCAGUGGACUGAGCUUCCCUGUAAUUGCGAGGAAGCACCUGAAGAACUGGAGGAACAUACCAUGGUAGCGCAUCAGGGAUUUCUUUACGUCUUUGGAGGACUGCAAGAUUCAGCAUAUAGUAACUCAAAAAUACCUUUUUGGGUGUUUGAUGCAGUUAGAGAAUGCUGGAUUAACUGGAAAACUGGGAUUGAAACUGUACUGGGAGUGACACCAUUAAAUAGGAAGGGGCAUAGUGCAGUCACCUUUGGGUCAUCUAUGUAUGUCUAUGGUGGAUACAUCGAUAUAAGAGGAUCAACAAAGGAAUUCUGGAAAUUUAAUUUUGAUUCCGAGGUGUGGUCACUACUUAAUAACAUACAAGGUGGUCCCGGUCCCAGACAUGGUCACUCAGCCGUAACACAUCAGGAAUGUAUGUACAUCUAUGGUGGCCUUCAGGGCCUUAAGGAACAGAAAGACCUGUGGAGAUGGAGUUUUACCUGUCAAAACUGGAGCUGCAUCAAAUUCCAUUCAGGUCCCUCAAGACUUGUUGGCCACUCUGCUGUGUUGUUUAAGGACAGCAUGCUCAUUUAUGGUGGAGGGGAAACCCAAAGUUUACCUCAGAAUACCUUGUGGAGUUUCAACCUGAGCACAAUGACCUGGAAGAAGCUCCCAUUGCUAACGGGAUCUACCUCUCCAUACCGGAUUCAUCACUGCAGCAUUGGUCUAGGUCCCAGUUUCCAACCCACAGUACCACUCGGUGUCCAUUGUAAGGAAAUACCAAAUUCUUACAUACAUAAUAAGCUGAGACCUUUCAAGAACAAAUGCCUACCGUCUAACUCCCCAAAGCAAGAAAACUACAUUGAGCUCCAGACUUUUAAAGAGGAGAAUAAUAUGAUUUUACCAGAUUUUAGUAUUGCACUUAAAGAAGCCAAGUUGAAAAGCAACUGUCUCACUUUUGAGAACCAAGAGGCUGUUAGUGAGAAACACGUUAGAAGUCACAUGACAGAAGAAACCGAGGAUGCUAUUCUACAUGUACCAGACUUGCUUUUAGUAAUGGGAGGUAAACCUGUACAAGGACACCAAGGGAUUUCAGUGUGGCAUAUGCCAAUGGCAUAAAUGUGUGAAAAAAGAGGAUUUUAGUGAUGCAUCUUAUUUUCUCUAUGAGAAAUAAGGCUUUAGUAGCAAUACCCACAUCCUGUGGCAAUAGGGUUGCAUUAAAAUGGAAUUCAGUCUUGUGCAAA